AGCGCGCGCCCCACACACCGCGCAGCGGCAGUCGGGGGCGCGGCACGGUGCCGGUCGCAUCGCGGUGGUGGUCGCAGCGGAUUUCUCCUCUCCCGCUCCUCGUCGUCUCACGGAUUAUUACGCGUUCCGCUGGACUAUACGCCGCGCUUGCUUCAAAAGUUCGGCGGCUGUCGCGGUGUUGGUGGUGGUGGUGGUGGACAGUGGUGGCGGAGAGUGGGCAUGUCCGGCACCGACGCCGCUCCGUUGUCCGGCGCGGCACAUUGCCGGAGGACGCUGUCCCCUAGUAGAGACGCCGUCGCGAGCAGGCGGCGGCCGGCGGGUCAGACGACGCGGCGUGACCCACCGUUCCUGUUCCCGGCGAUGAUGCUGCUCAGUGUUUACGUCAUCGCAUCAACAUGCAGCCUCCCAUUCGUUGCUUGCACCGAUUCGUCGGAAUUGGUUCCUAACCUGUGUCGUCUCAUGGACCAACCCAUGUACUGUCGCUGCGACUCCGAGGACAUCACGGACGACGCCACGGACGUCUCCUGCUUCAUCACGAGACCCCUGACUGCGGACCACGCCGUAUUCAAGUCAUUCCAAAACCACCUCUCCCUCACAUCCCUGUCCUUCAACGCGUUCAACCUGGACAACAAGUUGACAUUCGUGCCAUCUGAAGCCCUAAGGCAGUGCUCUCAAUUGGAACGCCUCAAGUUCACCCAGUCGGAGCUAGGCGUUCUGAAAACGCGCUCCUUCUACAACCUCUCUAGACUCGCGUGGCUGUCGCUCGACUCGAACGCCAUAACCGACCUGGAGAACGAGUCCAUCGCUCAGAUGCCACGUUUAAAGCGGCUCGAACUGGGCGACAACAAGCUCAGCAGGAUUCCCGCCGGAUCCCUGCGUGCUCUUCCAGCCCUGACGCAGCUGUUCCUGGAAAGGAACGAGAUCAAGGCCAUAGAAGACUUGGCGUUUGAGGAACUGACCAGCGUCAAGGAGGUGGACCUGAGUGACAACGCCGUCGAGAACCUGACGGACCGGACGUUCAAGGGACUGUCGAGCGCCAUCCGGCUCGACCUGUUCCGGAACAAGAUACAGAGGCUCGAGGCACGGGUGUUCAGCGGGAUGCCGCAGCUGGUCGAGCUGGACCUGAAGUACAACGGCGUCACCGAAGUGGACCCGCUGGCGUUCGACGGCCUGCCCCAGCUGAGCAUCCUGUACCUCUCGCACAACCGCCUCCGCAUUCUGCCCGCGCAGAUGUUCAUGGGCGCGCCCAACCUGAUCACUGUGGACCUGUCGCAGAACCAGCUGCUCACGCUUACCUGGAGGACGGUCCAGGACUUGCGGAAGAUUGACUCCGAGUCCUUCGAUAUGAGCCUCACCGGCAACAAGUUCGGCUGCGACUGCCGCCUGGCGUGGAUCCUGCACCUGGAGAAGGCCACGCGCAACGAGAAGUUUCGGCGCGAGCUGCGGCACGUCAAAUGCAACUUUGAACAGACGCCGGCGCCGGGCAACCUGAGCAGCGGUACCAAGGUGGCCAGGCUCAGUCUCAAGGAUCUGGGAUGCCCCGAGAACUACGCGCCGCCUGAGCUGCCUUCUUCCCUGCGCGACAAGAAGAUGCCUCUCUCCGCCUUCGCCGGCAAGAGUGGAGCCAACAGCGCGCACGGGAAACAGGGCUCCACGGAUGAUAACGGAAGCAACAAGAUCGUCGAGCGACCGCCACAGUCUCCGCUUGAUGAGAGCCACCAUCGAGGACCGGGAGCGGGAGACGGGAAAGACGUCGAAAACGACGUCGAGGUGGCCCUGAGUCAGCAGAAGGCGGCUCCCAGCGAAGCCGUUCUUCGGCGUAAUCGCGACAGACACUCUGCGGCGUCUUGGGUCCAUUCGGACAAGACUGUGUCGUGGCUCUUGAUCUGCGUCACGCUCGCGCUAGUCGAGAGGUCGAGGUGACGCACAGGGUGAUUCGUGAAGGACGUGUAGGAUCGAGUGUGGCCAUUUUGUUCGCUUUUUUUCCCCCCAAGUCUUUAAUAGUGUUCGCGAGGUGGUUUUGUUGCGAGUGGCUCGAGAAAAAGACCCGGUAGUUGCCCACGCACACACUGUGAUGAUGUUGUUGUUGCAGAGUAUCGAUCAAGGACAUGGGGGCAAUCUUUGGUCUCAUAUGAAGAGCUGCCGAUCACCUUGAUGGGUUCGGGGGCACCAAGCGAAAACCAUUUCUUACGCGCUUGCCUCUGACUCUAAAAACUGUUUCUCCGAUUUCGUUUCACUGCAUGUAACACAAAUGAAGCACUAAGCGCGAAAGUGUGUAGUCGACUUUCCUGUUCAAGCGCUCAAAUGGCAUGCCAAGUUAAGCAUCUUCAUGCGCUCGAAGAGAGAUGAUGUUUCCCACUUGCCCUGGACUUUGUUUCAUCCGCUUUCCUAUUUCUUCCCUACCCUUCCAUUUUCGUAAGGGCUUACAGUUUAAAGUGAAGCCCCAAAUUGAAAAAGAAAUUAUUUUUCCGCAUUCAUCAUCUUUAUUGUUCGUAAACGCGGAGACACUAAGAAAUGCACUUGUCCAAACACUGGAUUCACAUUAUUUAUUCGGGCUGCUGAAUGAUAUACGAGGCAGCUGUAUAGUCGUCCGCCUUGUCAUCUUCGCACAAGCAUAAGCUCUCUGUAGGCUGAUGUAGUGUCAUACCAAAUAGCGAUUGGUUGUUGGACUUAAUAUUUUUCCUUGUAUUUGAUAAAAGGCUAUUGCGCGGGCUUGACAAAACGGUAGUUUUCAUGAAAUAUGCCGAAAACAAAUGUUUAAAUCAAAUAGCAACACACGCAAACAUUGCCAAUGUACAUUGAAAAUUAUUGCUCCUGAUCCGAAAAAUUCCAUUUCCGGAGUAUACAAAUAGUGCACCUGCCAGCAAAGCAAUUAUUUGCUGUCAUUUAAUUACUUGUAUAGUAGCUAAACAAUUUCCAAAACAAACAAUUGCAGUGUUGGAAGAUCAGAUUCGUCACUUUGAACGCCGUGCUUUCUCACGAAUAUCUGACUCGUCAAGAAACGGGAGCUUGAGCGCAGGUGUCCAACGCGAACCUUGAGGGGCAGCGUUCGUAACAGUGAACGCGAAUAAUAAUAAAAAAAAAAACAUAGGAAAAGGAAGCGGUGCUUUCUUUUCCUAUGUUUUUGUAAAAAACAUAAAAAAGGUAACUUGAUCAGUGGCAGUGGCCGUUGGUUCCUUGGUACGCUGGACGGAUAUUUUUAAGUGUGCGCCUUACGGAGCAGAUGAUAAAGGAGGAGCGCUCACCGAUUGCUGGGCAGUAUAGUCCAACAUAAAAUAUGAGCACCAGAAAGAGUAUUCUUUUUCGACACAGGUGCCAUUAAACUCGGAAUGAGAUGGUGAUCUCCCAAGCAUUCUUUACAUGCGCCUCGUCCUAGUGGGCUCGUCGCAGGGUAGCCAUAACUCAAAAAUUUCUAACAGCGUAUUCCAUGAUCCCUUGCUAUUUUGAACAUGUCAUGUUUUCAUGCGUCUUAUCCACUUUCCUAAGACUUUUCUUAUGGUGAAUUUUGAGUACUUUUGUGAUAGCUCACGCUAUUACUGUACAAACGGGUAUUCUGGCAAUACCUACAUAAGAUAGCUCUGAGUGAAUCGCAAUAUCAACGCACAUUUCGCGGCCGUGUCCUAAACGUUACGUUUCCAGCCGCCAUUAUGAGCUCUCUCUACUGAAAUGUUUACUUAGACGCCGAUCAAUGGGACUGGUGCAAGGCAUAUUAUCUGUAGUAUCCUGCAACUAUGCGGCUAUUGUGGAAGUGCUGAGCUUUACGUCCUUUUUGUGCGUGUGUGCAGCGAUUGCCAAUAGCCUCGUUUACUCGUUGAGGCUUCGAGUGAUAAGUUUACGUUAACACCGUUGUGUUCUCCUUCUCAUUUAUCUUCCAGUCAUUUGAGACCACACUGGCGCCCCCAUCAUAAUGACACAAGUGCUACACUCACAUAUACGUACAGUCAUAGAAAUAUAUAGCAAGAAGGGGACAAUUCAGAUCGGAAGUUCGAACUUGUAAGAAUUACUUCAGGAAGGCGACAUAUAAAUGCGGCUGAUUUCCACUUCAUCGCGCGAUAGACCGCUUUUCUUAGACAAAGACUGACUACCUUUGAUUCAUAUACGUCAACCGAGAAUGCGCGAAUUUUACGUUCGAGCCGAGCUGUCCCGUUCGCGUUUGGUUUGCAUGUGACCAUACGUUUGAAAAGUGCGAGUGCCAUCAUAGGACAUUAUGUUAUUAUCAGCGCAACAUGGUCACCUAUACAGUACGCAGCCUACUGCUUCAUUGAGUAGAGUUCUUGCUAAAACAAUGUUGCCUGACACUGGAGAAACUGUCUGCCUUGCCUCCGUACGUCAACGUCAUGUAGUCGACGCCUGCACAUGAAAGUGAGCGUGACAGUUUGCCCAUUUCUCGUUGCUGCAUGAAUGGGAUGAUUUUCCCAUUAUGGGGCUUUCGCUGUUCGAUUGCACUAUACACCCCACCUCGCUGAGGUAACCAUUCUAGACACAUUUCGUCGAUGAGUCAAUUGUUAACGAAUACUCCCCGUUUCAACCAGCAAAUUUGAUUAAGAUGAAUGCUGGAUACACACGGGCAUGUUCGCUGUCCUCGCACGGGGAACAUCAUUCAUGAAGCGUGCUUGAACUCUAGCGAAAGUCAUAUCUUACCCCACACGCACUUUCUCGCUCGUUCUGUUAUUUCAACAGUGUAUUACCUGGCUAACCAGCCAGCAAUGCUACGACUGUCAUUCACGUUAGCAACUUGUGUCGGCUGAAAAAAAAAGAAAAAGAAAAACUGAAGCAGGUGACAGUCGUGUUACCUUGCAUCACGUGUCAGAGGAAAGUUAUUGUUUGCCAGAACCUUGCUUAUGUACUUCACUUCGCCGACAGAAAAGGAACAGUCGAGUGUGACGUCACGCUUGUGAUGGUAGCGUGGCAGUACUGUUUGUAAUGGCGAUGGUGAAGAACUGUUGAAAUAAAUGUUUACGUUGAUUAAUUCCACGUGACGAAGUCGUUGCCGAAAGGCGCAUGGUUGCACCAGUUUUGCUGUUUCGCGGCCGAAUAUUUAUGCGGUACCCGCUGCCUGUACCACAAGCGUCUUGCCGUACCACCAGAUUUUGCUGCCUCCGAUGCUGCGUGUUCCCGUUUUCUUCCGGUGGUCACGCCUGUUGGAAUCAUUGUGUGCAUUGUUGUGUAUGUAAAGUGACACCAUUGUGAAUUGCUGCAACAAGAGUCUGCCAGUAAGAAUAAAGAAAAGGGACGAAAACAGUAUUUUAGUGACACUGAAAUGAUGGAUAUGUUCUGUAAGAUACUGCGUUGACAAUAAAUGAUGCUGUUGUGCCUGCACAACAAACGA